GUUCAACAGUGACUUUCCUGGUUAAAUAAUCAUAAGACUAGUUCUUUCUGCAAAAAAGCAAUUACACUUAAAAUGCUGUCUCAUCCUUCCGGAACGAUACAGUCCGGGGUUUAAACAUUAAUGGGCAUUGUUUAAAGGUCAUCACCCAGCAGCAUCUCUAAACUGAAAGUCGGCUCCCUGAACAUGGCUGAUUUUGGGGAGAUCCUCCGGAACAUCGGAGACUUUGGAUUAUUUCAGAAGAUCACCCUUUUCGCUCUUUGCUUCCCAAAUGUUAUUCUUCCUUUUCACUUUGCCAGCCUAUUUUUUAUCCAGUCAGAUCCAGAGCGACACUGUAACACGGACUGGAUCCUCAGAGCUGAUCCUAACCUGACCACAGUCGAGCAGCUGAACCUGACUCUUCCCUGGGAGGAGGACGGGACCUUCAGCAGGUGUCGGAUGUUUGUCCCUGUGGACCGGGACAUCGGCUCCAUCAGGGAGUACGGACUCAAUGAGACCUCAGGGUGCCAGAGUGGGUGGCUGUACUACAACACACUGUAUGAGGCCACCAUAGUCACUGAUUUUGAUCUAGUGUGUGACCAGGCUAAUUUGUUGGAAGUGGCACAAGCAGUGUUGAUGGCUGGCAUUCUUGUUGGCUGUCUCUUAUUUGGACCCUUUGCUGAAUCGUUUGGUCGUAAACGAGCAGCUCAGAUUCCAGUCGUUGUCAUGCUCAUAUUUACCAUAACAACUGGAUUAUGUCCCAACUUCUACUUAUAUUUGGCGUCUCAGUUCAUGGUGGGAAUCGGCUACGGAGGUUAUCGACUUAACGGCGUUAUAUUGGCCACUGAGUGGAUCGGGGUGGCCAGACGCUCAUGGGGAGCAUGUGUGACUCAGCUGUUCGGUGCAGUUGGACAGUGUCUCCUCGCUGCUAUGAUCUACUUCAUCAGGGACUGGAGACAGGCUCAACUUAUCACAGCAGCUCCCCUCGCCGUGAUUGCUAUUUACAUAUGGUUUAUUCCAGAGUCAGCCAGGUGGUUGUUGGACAGAGGAAGGAUAGAAGAGGCUAAACAGCUGAUUACCAAAGUGGCGGCCAUCAACAAACGCGCUGUCCCAGACUCUCUGCUGGAAAAGAUUGUUGUGAGAGAAAAUGAGAAAAAAGGAGGCAUAAUAAUUCUUAUCCAAUCACCUGUGCUUAGGAAGUAUUUCUUUACCUUAAUAUUGGGAUGGUUCUCACUGAACGUUACCUACUACUGCCUUUCAUUCAAUGUGGGAAACUUUGGCUUGGACAUCUUCCUGACACAGGCCAUGUUCGGUCUGACUGAACUACCAGCUCAUAUACUUUGCAUCUGGCUGCUGGAAGCACUGGGGAGAAAAGUGUCACUUAUGUCAACACUUCUGAUCGGAGGAUUCUUGUGCAUCUUAAUCCUGGCUGUUCCUCAAAGUAAUGCUGUUGCUGUUACUACGUUAGCAACUGCUGGACGUUUUUUCACAAAUUGGGCAGGAUCCAUCUGCAACGUGUACGUUCAGGAGCUGUUUCCAACAUCUUUCAGACAAACAGCUUCUGGUUUGGGCUCCAUUGCAAGCAGAGCUGGUGGCUUGUUGUCUCCGUUGCUCAACAUGUUGGCCGUAUACCACUGGUCCAUACCCACCAUAGUCUUCAGCAGUCUGACACUGGUCAGUGGAGCGCUCGGCUUCCUGCUUCCUGAGACCAGGAGAAAAGAGCUUCCUGAUUCAACCGAUGAGGCGGAGGGCAACAGAAAUAAGGCGGCCAUGAAGACAAGUGCAUCAAGUAUACCUGCACAAAACAAAUCAACCAAACUGUAGUAUUGGAAUAUUUCUGUUACUUACUUUACUGUGUGUUGUUGCUCUGUCCUUCCACUUUGGUCCAUAGUCAAGCAGCUACUGCCACUACCUUUGUAUGUAAUUUGCUGUUGAUAUUCAUUGACCUCAGAUGAUAAAUUCAGAUAAUAAUUUCAGACCAUCCAUCCAUCCAUCCAUCCAUUUCCUGUUGUUUACCUGAGUGCAGCCUGUGGUAGCAGUAGGUUAAGCAAGGUAGUCCAGACAUCCCUCUCCCCAGAGACGCUUUGCAGUUCCUCCUCGGGGACCCUGAGGUGUUCCCAGUUCCACAUGAGAUAUGUAGUCAUGCAAGAAAUAUUGAAUUAUAAUUAGAAGGCUGACAUGAAAUUUACUUAAAACUUUCAUUCAUUUAAUUUAAGACACUUCAGUAGUUUUCUUGUUGUGCCACACUCCAGCCACGUGAGCUUUACACACAAGGUAUCUCCAAAUCUAAUGAGCUGAUCGCUCUGGAAGAUACUGAGCACAUUCAAACCCACAAGGUAAAAAACCCAUUUAAUUUUAGUGACUCCAUGUCUUUGCCUCUGGUGCCACCGUCUGGACAAACUUCUUAAAUACCAAAGAGAUGAACAGUCUCAACCAACAAUCCAAAACUCAAAAGUAUUUAAUAGCCUUAAGACAUAUUGAAUAAUAAAAGUAAUAAUUGCUGAAUAGCUUUUAGCUGCUUCAUUUUAAGAGUCCUGGUACUGUGCACUCUGACUCUCUGUCAUAUUGUCAUGGCUUACUGGGACACUAGCGACUCCACGCCAACAAGGCUCCCUCACAACGCUGUGAAACAGUGAUAGAUAGAUCAAAUUAACUAAUGAUUUAACAACUGAUUUCGUUGCCUCCACUGUUCGGUCGGUCGGUCAGUUUGUCUUUGCAGCGGUUGUGUAUUGUCACCAUUCUGUUUUCACAAAUACCAGUUUUCGUAAGGAACAUAUAUGAUUUUUGUGCUUACACAUCAUUUAUACACAUCAAAGUCCCAGAUGAGGCUCUUUCACCUGUUUGCGUCAUACACCAAAGUGCAAUUUAACAUCUUUUGUUGUUUCAGCCUAAAUAUUUGAGGUAAUGUCGUCUCAUGCUUACUUUUUACCUUGAACUAAUAUAGUCAUGUUAAAUAAAUUAUCUACUGUUUACUA